AUGAGUAAGCCGUUCAAGCUUCGGGAUAGCCUGACGGUGCAGGAUCUCAAGCGGAGGGCCACUGUGAACCGACGCGAGGCGAGCGAGAGGAUUCCGCUGCGCAAAUGCGUGUCGUGCUCGACGCCCGCGACCGUCGCUCAGCGCAUUGGGAGACUCUCGGGAAUAGGCCUGAAAAUUGGUCACGCGUCCUCUGCCACACUACACCACAAACACGCCAUGUACUUUGCGUUAAAUCGUCCCACAUCGCUCCCCAGUUUGCACAUCACGACCGCCCCUCAAAUGCAGUGUGUGCGAGCCUAUUCUAAAUGCCCUCCAUGCCCCUCUUGCUGUGGCAGCUUGCCGCCCCCUUGCAAUCAACCGCCGCGCUGUAUCCAAUGCAUGACGGGUUACUACUACUAUCCUUAUGGGUAUUGGUUCUGUGGGCCGUAUCAUGUUACUGGCCAGUGCUGUCCCAUCGGACCCUGCGGGCCCUGUGGUGGUCCAAAGAGGUGUCCUGCUCCGGCCUGUGUUUGCCCAGCGGCGACCUAUGUCAUGACCCCGACCGGUCAUAGUGCACAGGGCACCAUGCCGGAGAAAACUUACGAAUCCCCCCUCUUCAGGCAUAGGACCCAGUCUGCCCAGCCCAAUGUCAGAGAGUAUGAGGUCACUCAGAAAUCUAGCUUCUCCAAAUUAUUCCCGUUUACUACUACUGUCUGCGACGAUGGGAACACAAAGCCCGAGUCGACACCAAAGAAGGAAGAGCCGACGCUCCAUUCCUCGUUUUUUUGCCUUCCGUACGCGUUUAAGACACCAAUUGAUAAUUUUCGGAACACUGCCAAGGUCGCAAAGGACCAAAGAAAGUCCAACACGAUCUCUCAUUCCAGGAUGAAUUCGACGAAAUGUUUCAGUCGGAUCGACCCGAAAGUCGGUGCAACACGCUCAAAACGAUGCAAAUACACUGGUUACAUUCGUCCCCUAACAUUACCUAGGAAGUAUAAGGAAGACCCGUAUAAGUUC